GGCGCGAACCACUCUUCUCUCGGACGUAAUUCCUGUAGAUCAUUAUGAUGCUCGAGUACAGCAGUGGUCCACUUUGAGUUACUAUAUUUGGUGUGUUUCGUGCAUUGGUGGAUUUGAUUGUUCUCUGUGGUGGACUGGCGGUGUAUACCUAAAGAACCUAGGAAAUUUUGGUUCUAAAUCACUCAUGGAUUGCAAUAAAGAGGAUGCAAUCAAGGCAAUGCAACUUGCCGAAAGAAAGAUGCAGGGUAAUGAUUUUACAGGGGCAAGGAAGAUGGCACAGAAGGCUCAAAGACUCUUCCCAGGGCUUGGGAAUAUUACUCAAUUACUUGCAGUAUGUGACGUUCACUGCUCCGCAGAAAAUAAGCUAGGUGGCUGUGAAAUGGACUGGUAUGGGAUUCUGCAGGUUCAAAGAUUUUCUACCGAGGCAAUCAUCAAUGAAAAAUUCAAAAAACUCAUGCCGUUACUUCAUCCUGAUACCAACAAGUUUGCUGGUGCAGAGGCUGCUUUUAAUUUGAUCAAGGAAGCAAAUGCAGUGCUGGCCGACCCAGGAAAACAGUCUGUUUAUGACACGAAGUGUAGAUAUCUUCUAGGAACUGGUGUAAUGCAAUCAUCAGCUCAUCAGUUUGGUGAAAACUUAUUUCUCAGGAAACACUGUGAUGCCGCACGAAAUGCUCAGAAUAUCCCUCAGUCACAGUAUGCUAGCAUGAAUGCGCAUCAAAAGGGGCAAGCAGACACAUUCAGCAGUUGUUGCCCCUUCUGCAACACAGUGUUUGUUUGCGCUAAAGACUCUUCAGGUCGAGUGUCACAAUGUCAGAGAUGCCGCAAAUUUUUCAUUGCGUCUUUGGUGGAGCUUCCAAGCAAGAAAACGAAGAGGUCCGCGGAUGCCAGUGGGCAGGUGGAAGAAGGGGAAGGAAAAGAGGACAAACAAGUGGAGGGGGUUAACGCCUCAAAAAAGAAGAAACACAAGCGGACCAAGACCACUGAGCCUAUUACUCACUCAGUGGAUGGUCAGGACUCGACUCUCCCGGAUGCUUCUCAUGCUGUAGAGUUGUCAUCUCAGCCCCGCUGCACCAUCCAGCAACUUGCAGAUGAGUUCAAGGUGGAUGCCGGCUUGUUAAAGGAGGUUGCCAAGAUCACCUGUAACUCCACGCAGUACGAGCAACUUGAGCUCAGUCCAGGAUGCUCGCCUGCUGCCUUCAAUCAAAGUAUCUUUACUUCUCUGGUCCAACUGGCCCACAAAAUUUAUGUGGCCAAAGAGUUUGAUGAGGAGGCCAAGCUGAAGGAGCAGCUCCAAAUUGCCAAGGAGAAGGUUACCGAGCUGCAAAGCGAGGUAAAGUCUGUAAAGGCUAAGCUGGAGAAGGAUAAAUCGGCUUUGGAGAUAGAGCGGGCGGGUAGAACUCAAGAGGUCACAGAGCUGAGGAAGAGCUUGGAGGUUGAGGGCGAAAAGGCUAAGGUGGAGCUGGAGGCCCUGCGUAAGCAGCUGGGUGAUGCCCGAGCAUUAGCGCAGCAAGAGAAGGAGAGGGCAGAUAAGGCGGAAGCUGAUCGUGCUACCUUAGAGAGCCCUGGCUGUUGCCGGAAGGCUGUUCAAGAGGCCAUCCAGGAGUAUAAAGAGAAGAUAGAUGCCGGGGAGAGGCCAACUGGGCCCAUGACUGAUUUGUUGGACGAUUUCAUCGACUAUUCAUGCGAAAAGGCAUGUACCAUUCUUGAGCUUGCAGGUUCGUUGAUAUGA